UGCAACAACGGCUGAUGUUACAACAACAGUAGGUGAUGCUACAACUACAGUGGCUGACACAACUACGGCAGAUACUACAGCAGCUGAUGCUACAACUACAGUGACAGACACAACUACAGCUGAUGCUACAACAACAGUGGCUGAUGCAACAACGGCUGAUAUUACAACAACAGUAGCUGACACAACUACAGUGGCUGACGCAACUACGGCAGAUAUUACAGCAGCUGAUGCUACAACUACAGUGGCUGACACAACUACAGCUGAUGCAACAACGGCUGACGUAACAACAUCAGUAGCUGACACAACUACAGUGGCUGAUACAACUACGGCACAUACUACAGCCGCUGAUGCUACAAUUACAGUGGCUGACGCAACUACAGCUGAUGCUACAACUACAGUGGCUGACGCAACUACGGCAGAUACUACAGUAGCUGAUGCUACAACUACAGUGGCUGAAACAACUACAGCCGAUGCUACAACAGUUGCUGAUGCAACAACGGCUGAUGUUACAACAACAGUAGCUGACACAACUAUAGCUGAUGCUACAACAACAGUUGCUGAUGCAACAACGACUGAUGCUACAACAACAGUAGCUGAGACAACUACAGUGGCUGAUGCAACUACGGCAGAUACUACAGCUGCUGAUGCUACAACUACAAUGGCUGACGCAACUACAGCUGAUGCUACAACAGUUGCUGAUGCAACAACGGCUGAUGUAACAACAACAGUAGGUGAUGCUACAACUAC